UCUCUCUCACCUGUUUGCUUGCUUCUCUUUGGGCACUAGAUGCUCUUGCCCAUCUUGUGAACUUGAUUCCAACAGUGGAGAUCUGUCAGAUUGUAUGCCUUCGUCUGCUGCUGAUGCGGUCUUCUUCUGCUUGCCUGGCUUCCAAACACUCGCCGAAGAUCAUGAAGGCUGAAUUCUCUCAAAUUUACCUGUUCUUGUUUCACCGUUUGAAGGAUACCAAGGAUGCCAACAACUGACUUCCAAGAUUUUGCAUGUACUGAUGUGGAGAAAAAGUUGUAUUGUCUGAUUUAGAUAUUCUCAGCAUGUUGUUGGGUUGUGCAUGGUGCUUCUUUAUCUUGAUUUCUUCAUGGCCACCUUCAGUGGUGAGAUCUGUCUAAAGGCUGAGGUGCAAAAGCACUGGAUUGAAGCUCUGCAGCAUGCCCAAUUCCUCCAUCUCCUGGAGUUCAAGCUCCUUGCAUCUGCUGCUUUGUGAAGAAGACUCCCUCAGCUCCAGGAUCUCUUUGUCUCUUCUCUUUGUACUGUUGGCUAUCUCUGGCACUUUAUCCAAUAUCACAGUCAUUUAUCUGGUCUUUACCUUCAGGAAGCUGCGCACCACUAGCAAUACUUUCAUUGUGAAUGGUUGCAUUGCUGAUCUAUGUGUGUGUGGACUUUGGAUGCCACAGGAAGCAGUGCAGGGGUUGCUACCACCAGGCUCAGCUAUGGCUCGCUCCAAAGGGUAUCUCUUGCUCCGGGUUGGGCUUGUAGGUUUAGGACUCAUUGUCUCACUUCUUUCUCACCUCUUGGUGGCCCUCAACCGAUAUGUCCUCAUCACCAAGCCUCCAAUCACAUACCAGGUUGUUUACCAGCAGAAGCACAUGGCCUGGAUGAUUGGCUUGUCAUGGGGUUGUGCCCUGCUCCUCUCCUUGCUUCCAUCCAGACUGCAAGCAUGGCAACAUGACCAGAAGGAGUCCGGAAGUACGACUAGCAGAAAUGGCUCCAAUUACACAGGCCUGUUGGUGGCCCUAGCUCUGCUCAGCCAGACGCUUGUGCUGCUGCACUGCUACAUGGGGAUUGUAAGGAGGGUGCAGGGCAGCGUCAAACGAGUCAGUGUCCUCAACUUCCACCUGCUUCAGCAGCUGCCCUUCCCAGCUGCUCCACAAGUGCCACGCAGGACACAACGGCGCUUGAGCAGUAUCUCUGUGUUGCUCCUCUGCCUUGUGUUUCUCCUGGCCACCCAGCCCCUGGUGUGGGUCAACCUGCUAGACUUUUUCUUCCAGCCCAUCCCUCGGGGUGUGCAGCUAGCCAGCUGGCUACUCUUUUGUUCUCUGUCUGCUUUCAAUCCACUGCUAUAUACCUGGAAAAAUGAGGAAUUCCGACGUUGCAUGCGUUUAGUUCUACCAGGAAGGGAAACUGCAGUGGUAGCAGCAGAUACUCUGGCCCUCCCCACUGUCUCUCUUCCCCCUCAGGGGCCAUCUCAGCAGGAUACAAAGUUAGAGAGCAAGGGGAGCUUGGUGCUUUUGUGACACACCUUGGAAAACAUGUGCAUCUUAAGUGAAAAGGUGCUGAGAGAAAUUUCUGUUACUGAAAUGUCUGUGACUGGAAAUGUCUCACUGAAAUGCUGUCCACAAGCUCCCUGAAGAGAGGCAUCACUUGCUACCAUAGCGACACUUAGCUGAAAAAUGUGUAUGUGCCUAAAAUUUUUGUAUCAAAUCAUUUUUUUACUUCAUGGAAUUUUACAGUGGUUUAUGUAGUCAGG